AUGCCAAGUGCACCAUUUGAUGAUGACGUUCAGGUGAGCUAUGUGACUGAGGUCACAGAGUUUAUACUAGCAGGCUUCAUGAAUAAUAAGAACCUACAAAUCUUUUCAUUUGCAAUGCACCUCUUGCUUUGGAUAGGGAGCACAGAACACUUUCUUUUGGCAGCAAUGGCUUAUGACUGCUAUGUUGCUGUCUAUAAUCCACGUCUGUAUCAAAGUCUAAAUGGGGUACCGUCUACUGUCUCUUUGUACAUUCCAGUGAACAAUGUGACAGAUAUCACCAUGUAUAUAUUGACAGGAUUCACAGAUGAUGCUGACCUAGAAGUUUUAUUAUUUCUCUUGUUUUUUGUUAUUUACCUUUUUACUCUCAUAGGCAACUUGGGAUUGGUUUUGAUAGUCAUUGGAGAUUCCCGGCUUCACAAUCCCAUGUACUAUUUUUUAAGUGUUUUAUCAUUCUUAGAUGCCUGUUAUUCCACAGUUGUCACCCCCAAAAUGUUAGUAAAUUUUCUUUCAAAAGAUAAGUCUAUCUCAUACACUGGAUGUGUGAUGGAGAUGUUUCUUUUUGUUACUUUUGGAACUACAGAAUGCUUUCUGUUGGCAGCAAUGGCUUAUGACCGUUAUGUAGCUAUCUACAACCCACUUCUGUAUGCUGUGAGCAUGUCACCAAGUGUCUACAUACCUCUCAUAAUAGCAUCUUAUGCAGGUGGAGUCACGCAUGCUACUAUACACACAGUGGCUACUUUUAGCCUUUCUUUCUGUGCAUCCAAUGAAGUUAGGCAUGUCUUCUGUGACAUCCCUCCAUUGCUCGCGAUUUCAUGCUCUAACACAGAUAUAAACCAGCUUCUGCUCUUCUAUUGUGUGGGUUCCAUUGAGAUUAUCACCAUCCUGAUUGUUUUGGUCUCCUACAGUUUCAUACUCUUUGCAAUUCUUAAGAUGCAUUCUACGGAAGGGAGGAGAAAAAUUUUCUCUACAUGUGGCUCUCACCUUACAGGAGUUUCCAUUUAUCACGGGACAAUUCUUUUUAUGUAUGUGAGACCUAGUUCCAACUAUGCCUUGGAGCAUGACAUGAUUGUGUCCACAUUUUACACUAUUGUGAUUCCAAUGCUGAAUCCAAUAAUCUACAGUCUGAGAAACAAAGAUGUAAAAGAGGCAAUGAAAAAAAUUUGUGAAAGAAACUGCUUCAUGAAUAAAGUACAUUUUUAA